GCCCGACCCCGCCCCGCGCCGCGACCCGGAGCCCCCUGGCCCGGCGCACACGGAAGUGGUGGAUGUCCAGUUUUCCCAACACCAUUUAUUGAAGUCCAUCACAUAGAUAAAGGAACUGCGGCCAGUUGUCUAACUUGACAUACCUACUGAGUGAGAAGCUGGAAUUAGGACCCAGGUCAGUUCUGAACAGAGUUUGGAAAGUAGAGAAGAAAAUCCAGUCUGCAUUUUGAGGGAAUUGGACAGCUGAAUAAAUGCAGUAUCUAAAUAUAAAGGAGGACUGCAAUGCCAUGGCUUUCUGUGCUAAAAUGAGGAGCUCCAAGAAGACCGAGCCAAAUCCGGAGGCCCCUGAGCCAGGGGUGGAAGUGCUCUUCUAUCUCUCUGAUAGGGAGCCCCUCCGACUGGGCAGUGGAGAGUACACAGCGGAGGACCUGUGCAUCAGGGCCGCACAGAAAUGCAGUAUUUCUCCUUUGUGUCACAACCUCUUUGCUCUGUAUGAUGAUAACACCAAGCUCUGGUACGCUCCAAAUCGCUCCAUCACUGUUGAUGACAAAACGUGGCUCCGGCUUCACUAUCGGAUGAGGUUCUAUUUCACCAACUGGCAUGGGACCAAUGAUAAUGAGCAGUCAGUAUGGCGACAUUCUCCAAAGAAGCAGAAAAAUGGCUACGAGAAAAAAAAAGUUCCAGAUGCUACCCCUCUCCUUGAUGCCAGCUCCCUGGAGUAUCUGUUUGCUCAGGGACAAUAUGACUUGGUCAAAUGCUUGGCUCCCAUUCGAGACCCUAAGACUGAACAGGAUGGACAUGAUAUUGAGAAUGAGUGUCUGGGAAUGGCUGUCCUGGCCAUCUCACACUAUGCCAUGAUGAAGAAGAUGCAGUUGCCAGAACUUCCCAAGGACAUCAGUUACAAGCGAUAUAUUCCAGAAACAUUGAAUAAGUCCAUCAGACAGAGGAACCUUCUUACCAGAAUGCGGAUAAAUAAUGUUUUCAAGGAUUUCCUAAAGGAAUUUAACAAUAAGACCAUCUGUGACAGCAGUGUGUCCACACAUGACCUGAAGGUGAAAUACCUGGCUACAUUGGAAACUUUGACAAAACAUUAUGGUGCUGAAAUAUUUGAGACUUCCAUGUUAUUGAUUUCAUCAGAAAAUGAGAUGAAUCGCUUUCAUGCAAAUGACAGUGGUAACAUUGUCUACUAUGAAGUUAUGGUGACUGGAAAUCUUGGAAUCCAAUGGAGGCAGAAACCAAUUGUUGUUCCUGUUGAAAAGGAAAAAAAUAAACUGAAACGGAAAAAACUGGAAAGUAAACAUAAGAAGGAUGAAGAAAAAAACAGAAUCCGGGAAGAGUGGAAUAAUUUCUCUUACUUCCCUGAAAUCACUCACAUUGUAAUAAAGGAAUCUUUGGUCAGCAUUAAUAAGCAGGACAACAAAAAAAUGGAGCUGAAACUCUCUUCCCACGAGGAGGCCUUGUCCUUUGUGUCCCUGGUGGAUGGCUAUUUCCGACUCACAGCAGAUGCCCAUCAUUACCUCUGCACCGAUGUGGCUCCCCCAUUGAUCGUCCACAACAUACAGAAUGGCUGUCAUGGUCCAAUUAGCACAGAAUAUGCCAUCAAUAAAUUACGGCAAGAAGGAAGUGAGGAGGGGAUGUACGUGUUGCGGUGGAGCUGCACUGACUUUGACAACAUCCUCAUGACCGUCACCUGCUUUGAAAAGUCAGAGGUGCUGGGUGGCCAGAAACAGUUCAAGAACUUUCAGAUUGAGGUUCAAAAGGGCUGCUAUAGCCUGUACGGCUCAGACAGCAGCUUCCCCAGCCUGAAGGAUCUCAUGGGCCACCUCAAGAAGCAGAUCCUGCGCACGGACAACAUCAGCUUCGUGCUGAAGCGCUGCUGUCAGCCCAAGCCCCGAGAAAUCUCCAAUCUGCUGGUGGCUACUAAGAAAGCCCAGGAGUGGCAGCCUGUCUACCCCAUGAGCCAGUUGAGUUUCGAUCGGAUCCUCAAGAAGGACAUUGUGCAAGGCGAACACCUUGGGAGAGGCACACGGACACACAUCUACUCGGGAACCCUUGUGGAUUACAAAGAUGACGAAGGGAUGGCUGAAGAGAAGAGAGUAAAAGUGAUCCUGAAAGUCUUAGACCCCAGCCAUAGGGACAUUUCUCUGGCCUUCUUUGAGGCAGCCAGCAUGAUGAGACAAGUCUCCCACAAACACAUUGUGUACCUCUAUGGUGUCUGUGUGCGAGAUGUGGAGAAUAUCAUGGUAGAAGAGUUUGUGGAGGGGGGCCCUCUGGAUAUCUUCAUGCACCGGAGAAGUGACAUUCUCACCACACCAUGGAAGUUCAAAGUUGCUAAACAGCUAGCCAGUGCCCUGAGUUACUUGGAGGAUAAGGACCUGGUCCAUGGAAACGUGUGCACUAAAAACCUCCUCCUUGCCCGGGAGGGCAUUGACAGCGAGUGUGGUCCAUUCAUCAAGCUCAGCGAUCCUGGCAUUCCCAUCACUGUGCUGUCCAGGCAAGAGUGCAUAGAACGAAUCCCAUGGAUUGCUCCUGAGUGUGUUGAAGACUCUAAGAAUUUGAGUGUGGCUGCUGACAAAUGGAGCUUUGGAACCACACUCUGGGAAAUCUGCUACAAUGGCGAGAUCCCCCUGAAAGACAAGACACUGAUUGAGAAAGAGAGAUUCUAUGAAAGCCGCUGCAGGCCAGUGACGCCAUCUUGUAAGGAACUGGCUGACCUUAUGACCCGCUGCAUGAACUAUGAUCCCAAUCAGAGACCCUUCUUUCGAGCCAUCAUGAGAGACAUCAACAAGCUGGAGGAACAGAAUCCAGACAUUGUUUCAGAAAAGAAGCCAGCAACUGAAGUGGAUCCCACACACUUUGAAAAGCGGUUCUUAAAGAGGAUCCGUGAUUUGGGAGAGGGCCACUUCGGGAAGGUUGAGCUCUGCAGGUAUGACCCUGAGGGGGACAAUACAGGGGAGCAGGUGGCUGUCAAGUCCCUGAAGCCUGAGAGCGGAGGUAACCACAUAGCGGAUCUGAAGAAGGAAAUAGAAAUCUUAAGGAACCUGUAUCAUGAGAACAUUGUGAAGUACAAAGGCAUCUGUACAGAAGACGGAGGAAAUGGUAUUAAGCUCAUCAUGGAAUUUCUGCCUUCUGGAAGCCUCAAGGAGUAUCUUCCAAAAAAUAAGAGCAAAAUCAACCUCAAACAGCAGUUAAAAUAUGCAGUUCAGAUUUGUAAGGGAAUGGACUACCUGGGGUCUCGGCAAUACGUUCACCGGGAUUUAGCAGCAAGAAAUGUCCUUGUUGAGAGUGAACACCAAGUGAAAAUUGGAGACUUUGGCUUAACCAAAGCAAUUGAAACUGAUAAGGAGUACUACACGGUCAAGGACGAUCGGGACAGCCCUGUGUUUUGGUAUGCUCCAGAAUGUUUAAUACAGUGUAAAUUUUAUAUUGCCUCAGACGUCUGGUCUUUUGGAGUCACUCUGCAUGAGCUGCUUACUUACUGUGAUUCAGAUUCCAGUCCCAUGGCAUUGUUCCUGAAAAUGAUAGGCCCAACUCAUGGCCAGAUGACAGUAACAAGACUUGUGAAUACAUUAAAAGAUGGAAAACGUUUGCCUUGUCCACCGAACUGUCCAGAUGAGUUAUACCAACUUAUGAGAAAAUGCUGGGAACUCCAACCGUCUAAUCGGACAACUUUUCAGAGCCUUAUUGAAGGAUUUGAAGCACUUUUAAAACAACUACCAUGAAUGGCAUUCAAAUUCCACCGCGCAUCAAGUCAUCCUCCCUCCCUGCCCCUCAGGAAAUACUUAAGCCAUUUAAAAAAAUUUUUAAUGGAAAAAAGUUGGUAUUCUGUGUGAAAAGAUACCUGGGUCAGACCCAUGUGUAAGUACUACUACUUUUCAUUUUGGCACCAGUAGCACACUCCUCUUGGAAAGAAGAUACGACCAUUUUCUCUGGUUUACCAACACAGUUACUUAUCAAAAUGGGAUUUUUCAGACCAAAACUCUGAAGAGGAGGAUUGCUUUUUCCCCAGCUGCCAUUUUUUUGUGGCACCUGCCCUCAAAUUUUAGUGUCUCUACAGUGCUAGACCAGUCAUUCUUGAAAUAAUAGAUGAGUGUAUUCCUGUCACCAGUAGGACUUCAACUUUUGUUUCUCCAGUGGCUUAUUAGCUCCUGUCCUCCUCUUGAGAAAUCACUGAGCUGUCCCCAGGGGGAAUAGAUACUUUGCUGCAUGAUGUUUAAUUUUUGAAAACUGUGCCAGUGCUUUCCUAAACAGCAUACCAUUAAUCAGAAUUGAUUCUGAGACCCUGGAUGCUAUAAUAUGUGCUUUUAAGAAAUGUCCAUGUAUAUCCUUUUGUGACUCUACCACUUUGGAGCGAGCUGUUCCAGUAUUGGUUUGGGAUGCUGUCUACAACCAGUCAGAAUGCACUGUUCUUAGAGCGUUUCGUACUUACCAUAAAUACUUCCCAUCCUUCUUCAAAGAGACGAUUACUAUUUUGACCAUCACUCUAUGGCACAAAACUUGCAAGACCCAGCUAGAUGCACUAUGGGGUUCAGGAUCCACUAGCGUUUUUCACUUUCUUGCAGGUUGACCAACAUUGUUUCAUAGCUUUACCUUUCAAAACCUUUAAUUGAUUCAGUGGUGAUAAACUUGCCAUUUAAAUUUGUCCAGUAACCCUGCAUCACCAAGGUCUCUUGUCUGUGUCAAACCUGUGGCCACUCUAUAUGCACUUUGUUUACUCUUUAUACGAAUAAAUGUACUAGAGACUUCACAUGCAUAUGCCUUUUAAUAUUAAGAUU